CAAGCCCAACGAUCCAUCCAUUCCGGAAAAAAAGGGACGAGGAUGAAGAUAAAAAUGUCGGAGGAGGGUUGACAGUCGACACCCGAAUAAUCUGCGCCGCCGCCGAGAGGAUCCCCGCCGCCGUCGUUUGGUUGAACGGGCGCUGGAGGGGCCGUCGUCGCCGGUGGCCAAAUGCCGACCAUCACGAAGAUAUACUCUAUGCAGGAAGCGUCGCAGCACAACACCAAAGAAGAUUGCUGGAUUGUCAUCGACGACAAGGUAUAUGAUGUGUCAUCAUACAUGGAUGAGCAUCCUGGUGGAGAUGAUGUUAUCCUUGAGACAGUUGGAAAAGAUGCUACCGAUGGGUUUGAAGAUGCUGGCCAUAGUGAUGAAGCAAGGGAGAUGUUGCAGAACUUUUGCAUCGGGGAGCUUGACACAUCUUCCCCAGUCAUCCCAGAACUCGAAAUAUACCCCAAAGGAACAGACUCUUCUCAGAAGCUCAUGGCCCUGACAAAACAAUACUGGGCUGUUCCUGUUGUUGUUGCUGGCAUUUCAGUGAUUGUUGGCUUCUUAUAUUUGCGUAAGAAGUGAAGAAGUCUGUUUUUGGCAUUAUGUCUCCUUUUAAAAUGAUUUUUUGAGUCAUGUAACAAUGAUUUGGAGAAACCGUUUAUAUCUGUUGGAUUUAGAUUUGGAUAGAAGUCACCAAGAUUGUCGAGGGAAUUCUCCCUGUUGCAAGUCAUUAGAAAUGUUGUAUUUUUGCUAUUUUCAAAUAGCAUCAUAUACUAUCAAACUCUCAUGUGAAUUUGAGAAUUCAUUUGGUGGGGUGGUAUGUUGGGCUAUUUAGUUAGGAUUGUGUUUGAGCUUU